AUGAGACCCACAAGAAUGACGGGACUAGGACAUUGCCUGGUUUAUGUCGUGGUCAUUAGUGCCAUUGCGGCAACAGUGACAGCAUACCCUUACACAUCCCCUCCAACACCAAAAUACAUUUCCCCGGUCUACAACUCCCCGCCUCCUCCACCAUACUACUCACCUUCUCCUAAAGUAUACUACAAAUCUCCUCCACCACCAUACGUCUACAGCUCCCCACCUCCACCAUACUACUCACCUUCUCCCAAGGAAUCUCAUAAUUGCCCUCUUUUUGCUGCUGUUUCGUUGUGUAAUCUUUUCGAUUUGGUCAUAGCGGACGAAGAUUUCGAAAAGGGUUUUAGCAAUGAGGUGAAUUUUAACAUAACCAUGGCUGCAAAUGCUGAGACGGUUAGGGAUUUUGAUGAAGGCUUAACUCGAGUGGAUGAGUACUAUUCCAUGUCGAGCAACUCCAAAUGUAUAGUAUAUGUUUGUACACCCUUGUUUUGCAUUCAGACAGCAAAUGACCUGAUUGCUCCUAAUAGAGGGAUCCCUCGCAAUGACAUCAAGUGUAAGGCAAACCCAAACUGCAUGUUGAUAGUAACACCAAGAGGAGGGCACUUGGGUUGGGUGGCAGGACCAGAAGCUCCAAGCAGAGCUCCUUGGACUGACCCGGUGGUUAUGGAGUUUCUGCAAUAUGUAGAGAGUUAUGUAACCAUUAGUGGGGAGAGAUUUUUGGAGGAUGUUCAUCAAAUUCACGUAUAG